AUGGCAACCACCGCUACAAAUUCUGGACCAUCAAUGGAAGUUUCGCGAGUAGCUGUGAAAGCUCCUCCAUUUUGGCGUUCAGACCCGCUGCUGUGGUUUAAACAAAUAGAAUUGCAAUUCAUUAUGGUUGGUAUUAUGCAAGAUUCCCCGAAAUUCCAUAGCAUUGUCGCAUCGAUUGAAAGUAGUAUUUUGGAGAAGGUAUCAAACAUCAUCGUCGAUCCUCCUGCAGAAAACAUGUACGACACGAUUAAGGAAAAACUUAUUAGCAGUUUCACGGAUUCAGAGGAGAAGCGUCUUAAGAAGCUUUUGACUAACAUUGAACUUGGAGACAAGAAGUUAUUAUCCGAAAUGCGGUCUUUGCCUCAAGAUAAGGUUUCAAACGACAUUUUGAAGCAGUUGUGGAUGCAACGUCUUCCUUCACAAAUGAAGACGGUAUUGUCAGUUAAUAAAAACAGUCUUGACAAAUUGUCAACGAUGGCCGACAAGAUUGCGGAUAGCAGUGAAUCGGAUGUGUGCAGCUUUUCUCCAUCGAACACUCGUUUAGAGGAAAUUGAGAAGAAAUUGCAAACGCUCUGCACGCAGAUAGAUUCCUUCAGGAAGUCAAGAAGCCGUAGCAAGUCAUCAACAUCAAGGAAUAGACGGUCAAAUUCCGGAAGUAAAUCAAAACCUUAUUGUUGGUAUCACUUCAAAUUUGGAGAGAAAGCCAGAAAAUGUAUUGCUCCUUGCAAUUAUAAGCCUCCAACUUCGGAAAACUGA